AUGCUUGGUGUAGAUAGCUUCAUCGUGCAGAAUGAUGACCUUAGCAAGCUCGCAAAGAGCAUGGAAGACCUCGACUGCAACGAGAAAGACGACAAUUCCAACGAGAAGAACGGCGAGGUAAAGGUAAGUCAAAGAACUCUCAACGAUAUCUUCGGUUUUAAUUUGGCGGGAGAAAAAAAUUUUCGUUUCGAGCACUGGCCUGUAAAAUAGCACAUACAUAGCAGAAAGCAUGCGAGGGAAGUGCAGUUAAGCUGGAUAAGAUAUUUAAUGACUCGAGAAUUUGUUUUGUAGUUCUAGAAUUUUUGUUUUUACAUUUAACCUCGAGACGCCACGAGACUUUGAAAUGACGCACUUAGAAUUUUUCUUCUUUCGACAAGUCACCCAACAGCAUAUUGGAGGCUUGUUUAAGCUUAUCUUUCACCAAGGUUUUAAAAUCUGGUCAGUGACAUUAUUUUACUUUUAUCAAAUUAAACUGGAAAGAUCGCUAACAGUUGAAGUUCGUGACGACUCCAACGGUAUUUGGCGCCCAAGCGAAAUGGGGAAAUCAAAGAGCACGUUUCAAUACUUCAAUAUUCUGGAAGGCAUGUUAUGUUCUCUAACAAAUUUUAGCUCUCCGUGAAAUUAACAUGUGUAUUUCGUUUAAGGUCCAGGGCCCAGUAAAACCAGUUUACAAACCAAAGUCGAAGUUCGACACUGAAGAUGAGCCUCUGCUCCGUGAAAAUCCACAUAGAUUUGUUCUCCUUCCCAUCCAAUAUAAAGAUAUAUGGGACAUGUACAAAAAGGCUGAAGGUAAGUUGGAAACGAGGAAAUGCGCUUCAAAUACCAAUCCCUGUUUCAAUGCCCAACUUUGAUUUUGAUUUUAAGCUUAUGAUUGCAUAACAAUCUGUGUAUAACUGGUGAGCUUCCCUAGCAUAUUAGACUGUUAGCAGAGAAAAAGAGUACCGUUGAAAACUUAAUGGAAGUGUGUGAACAAACCAAGCAAGAAAAACAUGUUAAAAUACCAAUACAUGUUUUAAUGCCCAACUUUGAUGUUGAUUAAAAGCUUGUGAUUGCAUAACAAUUUGUGUGUUAAAACUGGUGAACCUCCCUAUAAACAAUAACAUUGUUAGUAGAAAAAAUAGAAUACCCUUGAAAACCUGGUAGAAGUGAAAAACCUGUUUAAAAAACUUUAAUUUUAAAGAUACAGACUACAAAGAAACUUCCUGACCUCAUCUGCCAGAAGGUUAUACUUUCCAAUGUGAUGGCAUGCUCUUCUCUUCUUCUAGCUUCUUUUUGGACUGCAGAGGAAGUUGACCUUUCCAAGGACAAAGAUGACUGGGUUUCACUCACAGUAAGUAUCUUGCCUUAAAGGCUGUCGUUUUUAUUAACUUUCUUAGUUGAAGAUAUUAGCCAUUGAAUAUGUAUCUUGGCUCCUGAUUGGCUAAAAUCAGCAAAUAGCAUUCACUUUAUUUGGGAAACACUUGUGAUAUCAUAUCUGGUAAAACGAUGUCAAAGCAUAGGCUAUUGUCAGGAUAAGGAACAGUAACCAAGAUGCCUUAGGGACAAAUUGCCUUAGCUUAAGCUUUUUGGCGGAGCUCGAGAAUGUGGUGGAAACUUUAAUGUCAUGCUUUUCUAAGAAAAGAGUAGCCAAGCUUCAGCCAAAAAACUCAGCAAGAAAAGCAAAAUACAAGUCAAUGUAUGACAAAUGAUAUUUGCAGAAUAUUUCUCACCCAAUAAUUGCUAAUUUGUCCUCCUGGCUCACUGAAUUGUUUGGUUUUGUUUAUAGGAUAAUGAAAGGUACUUCAUCUCACAUGUCCUGGCCUUCUUUGCUGCUAGUGAUGGCAUUGUGAACGAAAACCUGGUGGAAUGCUUUAGUCAAGAAGUCCAGGUUCCAGAGGCCAGAUGCUUCUAUGGUUUCCAAAUUGCAAUUGAAGUAAGAUUAUUUUCUCCUGUUGUAAUAAGCUAUAGUGAUAACUCUGGGUUUUGAGAGAGAAAGAGUCAAGGUCUUGAUGAUGUGGGUCAGCUAACUCUUGGGCAGUCCAUAUAAUUUAACACAAGUUUUAGAGCUAAGAUAGGAUAGCUAAAUACAACUGUAGAUUGCAGUUUUUAUAUUUUUAACCUUUCUUUUUUUAGAAUAUUCAUUCAGAGAUGUACAGUUUGCUGAUUGAAACCUACAUUGAAGACUCAGUUGAAAAGUAAGUUCUACCAUUUUUUUCCUGAUAAUUUAACAUUCCAAAGAGUUUGUGCAUUUGCUAAUGAAGGAAAACUUUGACUGCAUUUCUUUCAGAGUAUGACACUAGAUAAAGUAUUACUUAAAAUAAAAUGUUUUUGUUUCUAUUUUUAUCUAAGGCAAAGGCUUUUCAAUGCUAUUGAAACAAUGCCCUGUGUCACAAGGAAAGCUCAAUGGGCCCUGAACUGGAUAAACCCACAGAGAGUAAGUCAAGAGAAAUUCUGUUUAGACUUAAAGGUGCAAUAUUAGAGCUGUACUCUAGCAGUGACUGGUGACCUUUCAAAUCAGAAAAGAGAUCUGAGCUUUUACACAAAAUGUAGAGGUAUCAAUUACACCUUGUACUCUAGAGGUUUAAAUUCCUAAGUUUUCUACCAAUUUUCCUUAAAGAAAGCAGCCUUCCAUAAAAAUAUUUAACUUAAGAUUUUAUUAGUAUUAUUAUUUUCAUGCAUAUGUUUUGCAGUAUUACGCCUGACAAUUCCAGAUACAAACAUAAGAACUUUAUUUCAGCAAGUCUAAAACAUGACUGAUCAUUGUUUUUUUUUAUUUUUCUAGGCAUCUUAUGGUGAGAGAAUAGUUGCCUUUGCUGCUGUAGAAGGAAUCUUUUUCUCUGGUUCCUUUGCUGCCAUUUUUUGGCUGAAAAAGCGUGGAAAGAUGCCAGGGCUUACCUUCUCAAAUGAGCUCAUUAGCCGUGAUGAGGUCUGUAGUAAUGCCUGCUAUUUUGAUGAAAGUGCACCCUCUAGUGUUAAUUUUGAAAAGAUUGUCACGAAUUUUCCAUGGUCUAAAUGACAAAAGAUUAGAAUUCGUAAAACGUAAAAUUUCAGGGACUGUAAGCCACCCUGAAAAGUUUUAAACUAUGGCAAUGUUUCUUAAUUUGGUGAAAUAUAGUACAGUAAAAACCUGUGAAUAAGAACCUUAACUUAGCCUAAAAUUUUCAAGAGGUUCUUAUUUUACAAAAAUGAAGGCAAUGAUGAAAAAAAGAAAAAAGAGUUUUAGUCCAGGUUUCAGUCAGUAAGAUUCAAAGAAUCAAAAAUGUAACAGUAUUUUAUGGACCCUGUAGCAUAAAAGUGCUUACUGUAUGCUCAUUAUCUAAACUGUAUUCUAGAUAAUUAUUUAAUACAGCAAUAUAUUCCAAGCCCUAGAAUUUAAAUUCCCACUGAAAACAGUUUUUUGGUUCCGUGCCCAGAGUUCAUGGGAAACCAUCAGUAACAGUUUUUUGGUUCCGUGAAACCAUGAGAAUCCAUCCCUUAAAUGUUUUAAAUUUUUCUUGGUCAUAUUUUUUUCUUGGUGAUGAAAGUCAUAAACCAGUAAUGUAUAAUGCUUUUUGGGAAUGAUUUGAGAUGAAACUGAUUGAUGCUAAACAUUUCAGUUUCAUAUUUGAGUUGUAACUAAAGAAUUGCCCUACUACUUCAGUAUCAUUGUAGUUCUGUGUGAGAAAACAAAUUCUGUAAAUGGAUCCCUAAGGCUGAAAAUAGCACUUGGGAACUAUUUUUUGGUUCGGUUGUUUCAAGGCCAUGGUACUGGAAACUUUUGUUACCGCAAAAUCCUAGGGCUUGAUAUUCCAUAUCACAUAUGUCCUGUAGUAGUUAUCUGUGCUGAUGGCUAGUGCCCCCUAUCAAAUUAAGAGCGCAAGUAGCCUAAAAUCCCACUAAUUAAUACCAUUUCUAUAGGAACCUAUUUAAACUAACUUGUAAAAAUCUAGGUUCUUAUACACAGGUUUUUACUGUACUGUCUUUAUGAUAAUAUACUUCACAUUUCAAACACAUUAUGACAUUUGUUGCAAUUAUGAAAUAAUACAUCUGAAAAUAUGGUUAAAAUAUCUGUAACACAGGGUCUUCAUUGUGACUUUGCCUGCUUGAUGUUCACAUACCUCAAAAACAAGCCAUCUGAAGAAAGGAUCAAAGAAAUCAUCAAGGAUGCUGUUGUCAUUGAGCAAGAGUUUCUCACAGAGGCUCUCCCUGUAAAACUCAUUGGAAUGAACCACAACCUUAUGAAGCAGUAUAUUGAAUUUGUAGCUGACAGACUCCUGGUUGCUCUUAAAUGCUCCAAGGUAAAAAUAUGUUUGCCUGAUUCUUUACCUUCUUGUCAAAAUAUUUUAAAGGCGUUUUGUCUAAAAAAAAAGUGACAAAAAGCUUUAGGGAGUUAAUGCCUUAGUCAAUCACAGUGCAACAUUCCCUCCCUACAUGUAUAUAAGCAUUAUUUGUUCUAGCGCUAAUCGAAGAUUAAAUCUCGCUAAUCGCGGAACACAUUUUGUCCCAUGAUUAGAUUCUGUUCCUGAAAGUAUGAUCAAUUUAAUUUUAACCCACCUAGCGAGGUCGAUUAAGUCACUAAUCGGGGGAAAACGUUUAUAGAAACAAACAAAAUAGCGGACUUACAGUUGCCACAAAUACGUGAAAAAAGUUCCGGCAUCUCGAAAUUGAUCUAGACCACUUCACUUUUCGCCAUUUUCCUUUACUUCACCUGUGCCUAAACAUUUUUCGCGCCAUAUUUUUAAAAGCAAUCAUCCCAAAAACUAGUUAAACCGGUUUAUUUUCACACUAAUCUCGGAUUAGUUAAUCGUGGGUUUAUUUCGCUUUCAGGAACUCCUUUUUAACCCACCAUUAGUUAUCCGAGGAAUAGAAAAUUAAUCGUGGAUUUGACGCUAAUCGAAGGAUAGUUUAAUCGGCUUUCCAGGAACCGGGGCCAGGUGUUUAAAUGCCCCAUCCUAGCUUUUAGUUAAAAUCUUUACCUCAUCUGAACUCUGCUACUGUGAUUAUACUGUGCUGUACACCCUAGUAUACAGUAUGAGCAGAUAAAUUUUUACAAGGGCAAGGUCAUAUUACGGGCAGUUAAUAGAGUUACAAAUAUUAUUCUAUUUAUUUUGACAGGUCUACAAUGUUCAGAAUCCAUUUGAUUUCAUGGAGAACAUUUCCUUGGAAGGAAAAACCAAUUUCUUUGAAAAGAGAGUAGCAGAAUAUCAGAAGUCAGGAGUAAUGAGCAGAAAGUCAUCUACUACAUCAGAACAUGUAUUCAAAACAGAUGAAAAUUUCUAA